GGACUUGCUAAAGUUCACCUCAUGGUUCUCUCAAGUUUCACUCUGUUUCCCUUUGGCUUUCUCCAAACAGAACUCUACUGACUCUCAUAAGUGGCGAGACGAUGUCGGAUUGGAAUAGUUUAAAACAGGAGAUAAUCUAUAUUAAGGAUUCACUGGAAGGAGGAGCACGGAAGGAAACAAGGACAAAUGGGUCUCCGCUGGACAAAGUGAGGUGUUGCCAAACCUCCACGUCAGUCAGUGGCCAGACUGAAAAUACACCCGAACACAGCGGCGCUGCCUCCAUGGAGACAACUGCUAAUAAACACAGGGGCAUUUCCCAGCAGUGGGGUCAUGAUUCCUCUGGAAGUGCUGAGAUUGGCUCGGGUUUCUCAAUCGUUAAGCCACCCGGAUUGGAUCGCUCGGCACAUGUGUUCCCCACGUUGGCUUGUUCCAGAGAAUCCAUCGUCUCAGAGAAACUGGAUAGAGAUAAGUGUUGGCCUGCCUUGCCACUGUCCUCUGUUACCUCUCCUACUUCUCUAAGCCGCACUGUUUCCCCCUGCUCCUCGGUGUUCUCCGGUAUCUUCUGCCCUUCUGUGGUUCAGGUCCGAAAGCACGCUCUUGCUCCCGGCUCCAGUCUGGUUCACAUCCCUCAGUCCUGUUUCUCAUCUUGUGACAGCCUGGCUUCAGCCAACCCACAGUCACCUCCUACCCGGCACCGGCUUCCCCUCACCAGACUCUCCCUCCUCACAGCUAUUCUGAGGAAAGGCCGUCUUCCCGUCCUAUCGGCUUCACUCCGGAGGCCUUACACCCCCUGCUGGCCUGUUAACCCUGUGACCCUCACUUUCUGCAACGCAUGCUCAGCAGCCUCAAGCGUGGCCUCCAUUCCUUUGGAGUUUUCCUCUCCGUUUUCAUCAUCUACAUCUUUAGAUAGUCAAACCUUUGCUCACAGGGAGCCUAUCAGGCCUGUUACAGCCCCCCUGCCGGAGUUGCCUAACGAGCACAGCGGGCCUCAUGCUCUGGUUAAAAGGUACUCAGAGGAGAUUCACUCGAGAAUCAUGCCAAAGUGGGAGCAGGUUGUUUCGCCGCCACCAUUGAAGAGCAUCGAGCUGCCGAGGCAUCCGUCACCACAGUUGAGAUCCAAACUCAAAAGCGUUCCUUUUAACCAGAAAGAAGUAAGACAACAACACUCUUAUAUGUUCAAGCCUUUUGAGCUGAAGCCAACUUCUACUCAAAUGUACCCCGGCAACAAAGAAGAACACAACCUUGAAAAACAAAUCACUCCUCCUACACUUUUUUAUCAACCUACAACUUCUCACUUAGAGAAAAGUCACCAACCGAACUCUUCUCUGUUAAAGCUCCGAUGGCUUUCUGAGCAACUGCGAUCCCCCUCUCCCUGCACCCAUUUUUUGUCUCCAUCACAUUCCCGCUCAACUAGCGCCGCCACAUCACCUCUCCCUUCGCUCACUGUUAGAAGAUGUAAGUCACCACAAGGUUUGCUCAAAUCGUCCAACCUGACGCAAUCCUGCUACACGCCCGUGACUUUUCCCGGGUGGUCCUCGCCUAUCAGCUCUCCCACACCAACGCCUUCUCCCGCCACACUAUUUCGAGACCUCACGCCAUCGCCUUCCUUCUCCCUGCGCUCCACCCCCUCCCCGAGACCGGGGAGUGGAAUAUCAGACUGCACUGGCAGAGAGGAUAAAAAAAGAAAGCCUCACAAGAUUAAGUCAAGCUACAAAUCACUUGCUGCAAUUCCUACGAACACACUUCUCUUGGAUCAGCAGGUAAUAGAUGAGCAGGUGGAGAGUGAGAACAUCCUGAAAAGAGGUGUCACUAGUGAUGGGGCAGAUGAAGACACCCACGCUGAGAUGUGCUCACCUGCUCAACUCCGGCAGCAAUCUGAAGAGUUGUAUGCAGCCAUUGAUGAGAUAUUGGCAAAUUCUACUCCGCCUAGCAAAUCAUCCUCCAAGACGUGGAUAGCAGGUGACAGUUUGCGGAACAAAUCCUUAGGACGUGAAACCAAAUAUGCAUCUUUGAGCAGCUGGCAUCAAUCUACACGUAACGACAGAAGGCUAAUGGAAUCCAAAAAGACGAAUCCUGGGAUUAUUCGCCCGAUGAACACCAUUUCAAGAUUGCCAGAAAAAGCUGGAGAGGAAUAUCGACACCAUCCUGUCAUAGAAACAGAAUUCCAUCACUAUUGUAAAGGCAAUAACAAUUCAUCCAAGAUGGACAGAGUGGGCCUUGAAGACAUGGGGAUAAAUGGUCACUCAAGUAGAAAAAGUAAAGCUCUGCGAGGAGGGAGGACAUCUGAAAGAAGUCCAUUUGCAGUGUGUGAAUUGCAGAUCAUUGAGCCUGAAGGCCCGAUCACUCACUUUGAGGAAGAUUCGUCCAAUUCUCUCUGCUCAGAUGCUUGUGAAACGCACAUCUAAAUCAAGAACAUCAAACAAUGAACCAUUCAUCAUGUGGAAUUCAAGAUACGAAUGCAAAUUAACAUUACUUGUUGUAUCCUUGUAAACAGUUAUUUGAUAUCCCCCCCCCCAAAAAAAAAAAAAUCCUAGGAAAACAUCCUAAUGUUUGAAAGAAGGAUUGAUUGAAAUUAUGCCGUCAAGAGCAAAGGUGGGCAUAAAUGUCCUCAUUCCCAAUUGGCACACAUCAAAAGCUGUGAAAUGUCCCUCAGUUGUCAAUAGUACAAGGUUACCUACUUUUGAAUCAUUCACAUAUUUUCUUUUCUAACCCUGGGAUGCACAAGUGACUAGACCCUACACUCUUCCAUAUGUGGGUCAAAAUGACCCGAACUAGAAUCAAUGUUGGUUUAGAGUUUUGGUUAAAAAUAAUUACUUGUAUAAUAUUUAGUAUUAUAUUUAGGACCACACUAGAAUGAGUUCAUGUUUGAAAUAUCUUUAUAUUUCACUUGUUAGCAUGCUUGAAAAAGAAAAUUACAAGAACAGCAAUUGACUUCAUCCCCUCUUGUAUUAUAUCAUCAGUGAUGAUGAUGAUGUAACGCGUUACUAACCACCUCUGCACCUGGACAAUAGUCUGGGUCCUCAUCAUCAGAAAUUUCUGACUCUUUUUGAGUCCCACCCCGAUACUGCCUCUCCAUCAUCCAGCAUCUGCAGGACUAGCUGUUUAUUUAGCACCAAGGAAUACAUACGAUAAAAGUAAAGUUUUCAAUAGAUCAAUAUGUAGCCAUAUAAAUAAAUACACACAGACACACACACUACAUAUACAGUAAUGCUAGCUAACAUAGCUGGCUAGUGUUAGCUAGUUAUUAACUAGGCUAAUUUUUUUGAUAAAUAAGGGUAACAAAAGUCAUGAAAGGCAUACACAUAAAAUAAAAAUAAUACUUAAACGUAUAAGCUCUUGCUGUGUACAGUAAUUUUGCUGAGGUGUGACACAUUUGAUAUACCUAAUCUGUGUGGUCCACAGUUAAUUUAUUCCUGACCACCAAAGUUGAUAAGAAUCAAAGGUUUCCCAUUGGAUUCCAUAGAAAAUUCAUGCGGGUCAUUUUUGACCCACUUAUGGAAGCUUGGGGUACUGACACAAAACUACAUAUUUCUUCAAAUGUGUAAAAGGUAAAUUAAAAAUGUGAAUGGCAUUAUAUCAGAAACAUGUUUUUUGAGAAAUACCUGGAAUGUGAAAUGAUAACAAUUUUUCAUUACGAAGAUAUUUUAAGGAAACAACCUCACCAGGUCAUUUUUGACCCACUUAUGCAUCUAAGGGCUCGAACGGUCAGCAGUUGCUAAAUAUCACAAUUCGUAAUGUCACAACAAAGCGAAACUGCUGCUGUUGUCAUGCUGACGGACAUCCAGUCUAUUACAAUGAAACCAUUUAUUUUUGUUUUGUUCACUGGUAGCAGGAUGUGGCACUUGGAAUAAAAAGAUGCUCAACAUGAAAUCUAGUCAUUUGAUUUAACUUAACGUGUUAGCCCUGGCAUUACAACUUGUCUGCAUAAUGUAUAACAGAUGUGAUCCUCCAUACCUGAAGUGGCAUUUGGUAUAUAUAAAACCGGAAUAAUAAUCCUCCAUUUGAACAUUUCAUGCCCCAGGUCCAUUUUGCAAGCGACAUUUUAUUGUAUUGGCCAGUGGCAUGUUUUAAUUAAAGGAAAAACAUCAGAACGGUUAAUGAAAGAAGAUUAGGGCGAUGUCGAUGGGAGGAUUAGGGCACAAGAAGAUGUAAGACCUACAUUCAAAAAGCUGUCGAAAUGUGGAAUAUUAAAAGUGAUAAUUUUUCCCCCAAAUGACAAAUUCCAUAGACUUCAUAAUUGUAUUGACGGGUCACAUCCGUCAGCCACUGCGCAACGCCUUCAAGUAGGGGGCGUCAGCCACUGCGCAACGCCUUCAAUUAGUGGGCUGUCCUACAGUCCGCUUCUGUUAUUUGCAGUCGGUCGCAGUUAGUCAACACAUGCAGGGAUCCAACGCCGGAUUUAGGUUGAAAAAGUACGAAAGCUGUAUCGCAUACAAAC